AAGAAGUAUGAUCUUGAGGCAACACGGCCAUGACUGCGAUCCAACCAGGUCAAGACGACAGCGACAACCCUGUGCAGGAGAAACGCGAGCAGCAUGAUCAGGGUCCAGCAGUUGUCGAGAUCACCGGCGCAGAUGCUCUGGCAGGGCAGAACGACCAAAAACAUGUUCCGGACGGCGGCUUCAUAGCAUGGCUCCAGGUUGCUGGGUCUUGGCUCCUGUUCUUCAAUUCCUGGGGCAUCAUCAAUACAUUCGGCGUUUACCAGACAUACUACGAAACCAUCGGCUAUACUGAACUGUCUCCCGACACAAUCUCAUGGAUCGGCUCGACUCAAUCAUUCAUGAUCCUCCUGGUGGGUGUCAUUGCUGGACCAUUGUACGACAUGGGUCUGUUCAGAACCCUAGUCAUCUCAGGCAGUACACUGAUAGUGCUGGGCUGGAUGUUCACUAGUCUCUGUACAAAGUACUGGCAAGUCAUGCUCUCGCAAGGCGUGCUGAUCGGUAUGGGCACGGGCUUCCUGUACAUUCCUUCACUGGCGCUACUUCCCAGGUACUUCUCCAAGAAGCGGGCCAUCGCCACCGGUAUCGUCACCUCAGGGAGCAGUCUCGGAGGGACGUUAUAUCCGAUUAUCUUCCAGCAGCUGCAGCCAAAGAUAGGCUUCGGAUGGGCGACGCGCGUCAUUGGGUUUAUCAGCCUGGCAACAUGCGCAUUUGCGAUCUGCGUGUUUCGUCCUCGAGGAGUCGCGAGUACAAGGCGGUCACUGGUCGACUUGCAGGCUUUCAAAGAAAUACCCUAUGUGCUAUACUGCGGCGCGAUCAUGGCGAGUUAUUUUGGAUACUUUGAGCCCGUGUUUUACCUGCAGUCCUAUGCUUUGGCUCAUGGCGUCCAACAUGGCACUUUGGCGCUGUAUCUGGUCGCCAUCCUUAAUGCGGCUUCCAUCCCAGGUCGAAUCACGCCGUCGUACUUUGCUGGAAAGAUUGGGCCUAUAAACACGAUGCUGAUUGCCACGACGUCUUGCGCCAUUGUAACCUUGAGUUGGAUUGCUGUCAGAGGCCCGGCUGGAAGUGUGGUGUUUGCCAUCGCUUGGGGUUUCACUUCGGGAGGAAUUAUAUCAAUGCCUGCAGUGAUUCUGGCGUCACUGACUACGGACAUGAGUCGUUUUGGUACGAGAAUGGGUAUGUCAUCGGUUCUCAACGCCGUUGCAUCCCUGUGUGGAAGCCCGAUUGCUGGAGCUAUCCUGAAAAGCACUGGAAGCUACCUUGGGGUCCAGCUGUUCUCUGGGCUGGCACUUGUGACAACCGUUGGGUUUUUGGUAGCCUUGAGGCUUUACCGGUCUGGUUGGCAAUUUGGCGUCAAACUCUGAC